CGGAGGAGGAGGAGGAGGAGACAAAGAGCGAUUUGCCAGGGAGAACCACAGUGAGAUUGAGCGGCGGCGGAGGAACAAGAUGACCGCUUACAUCACAGAGCUGUCGGACAUGGUGCCCACCUGCAGCGCGUUGGCACGGAAACCAGACAAGCUGACCAUCCUGCGCAUGGCCGUGUCCCACAUGAAGUCUCUGAGAGGGAGCGGCAACACCGCAGCAGACGGGACAUACAAACCAUCCUUCCUCACCGACCAGGAGCUGAAGCACCUGAUCCUGGAGGCUGCUGAUGGCUUCCUGUUUGUGGUGUCAUGUGAGAGUGGGCGGGUCGUCUACGUGUCAGACUCCCUGACCCCUGUUCUUAACCAAUCGCAGUCCGACUGGCUAGGCUCCUCCCUCUACGACCAGCUGCACCCGGACGACGGAGACAAACUACGAGAGCAGCUCUCUACUGCAGAGAAUAACAAUACAGGGAGGAUGUUAGACCUGAAGACAGGAACAGUUAAGAAGGAGGGACAGCAGUCCUCCGUCAGGAUGUGUAUGGGAGCCAGACGAUCCUUCAUCUGUAGGAUGAGGUGUGGUUCGUGUCCAGUGGAGCCCAUGUCUAUGAACAGAUUGAAUUUCCUGAGGAGCGGGAACAGGAGUGGUCUGGGCCCAACCAAGGAUGGGGAGCCUCAGUAUGUGGUGGUCCACUGCACCGGAUACAUCAAGUCCUGGCCCCCCACAGGGGUGAAUCUAACAGAUGAAGAGGCAGACAAUAUUCAGGGGAGUCGCUACAGUCUAGUGGCCAUCGGUAGACUUCAGGUGACCUCUUGUCCGAGCGACACAGACAUAAACAGCAUCAGCGUUCCGGUGGAGUUCAUCUCUCGUCACAACUGCCAGGGCCUCUUUACCUUCAUAGACCACCGCUGCAUGGCCACAGUGGGCUACCAGCCUCAGGAACUGCUGGGUAAGAACAUCUUGGAGCUGGCCCACCCUGAGGACCAGGGUCUGCUGAGAGACAGCUUCCAGCAGGUGGUCAAGCUGAAGGGUCAGGUGCUGUCUGUCAUGUUCCGCUUCCUGUCCAAGACCAGAGACUGGCUGUGGAUUAGGACCAGCUCCUUCACCUUCCAGAACCCCUUCUCUGAGGAGAUAGAGUACAUCAUCUGUACCAAUGCCAACGUCAAAACCUCGACUCAGGACCCCCUCACCCCCAUCUCGUCCUCGGGGGUGUCUUUGCCUCCCUCGCUGGGGGAGAGCAGUCCUAACUGCCCCCCUGUGGCCCUCAGCCCAGGGCAGGUGGCUGCCAGGCAGUUGCAGCAGCAGCAGGCAGAGUUGGAGGAAGGAGGGAGAGAUGGUCUGUACGAGGCAGGACAGGUUACACUUCCACAGAUGCCUGUCCAGGCGGUGACCGCAGCUGGAACUGACCACAGUAAGACCAUGGACAAGGCAGAGCUGUACCCCUCCCCAGACCAGGCCAAGGUCCUGCCCUCCACCUCUGCCCCCGGAGUACCCAUCUACCCUCAGGGCAACAACAGCUACACCGCUGCCAACCGCUCCAAAGACACAUACAUCAGGUCAGUGGGGAUGGCCCCUCAGAUGGUGCAGCCGUCCCACUCUGCAGGCCAGAUGCUGGCUCAGAUGUCCCGUCAGAACGGGGCACCCCCCUCCAACAGCAGCCCCCUACAGGGAGGGGCAGCGGUGGGCUGGCCGGGGGCAGUAGCAGGGGCUAGACCCCCCUUCCACAACCAGGUGGUGCCCCAGUCAGGGAAGGCUCUGUCUCCCCAGUUUGCCAUGGGGAGUUUUGGGGGGGGCUCGUCCUCCUCAUUCGGGGAUAUGCCCCCCACUACUGCUCCGACCCCCACCACGGGGGCUAACUACCCCAACAUCAACCGCUGCGCCAGCCUCAAUACCAACGGAUAUGAUGGCUUGGGGUCGGGGCAGCAGUUCCCCUCCAGGGCAGAGGAGGCAGUGUGGCCCCAGUGGCAGGGCCAGCAGCAAACUCAGAACAGGGCAGAGCAGCACCCCCACGCACAGAACAACCAGCCUGACAUCUUCCCUGAUGUUCUCGCCAUGCUGGACCAGCCGGCCAACUUCAACAACGAUGACUUUGAGAUGCCCAUCUACCCCUCUUUCAACGAGUGACCCCAAAUACACUCCUCCACUUACCUCUCUAUCUCUCAAAUGUUUCCUUCUCUCUCCUUUGGUGCUCUUUUGCUCUCUUUCUUUGCCUU